CGGCUGUACACUAUAUUCCAUCAAGUAUCUUUCACUUUGCUACAUCGCACACACAGCAGACAGCUCACAAGUUCACAUAGUUGGUUCGGUCGUCUUGUGUACCAGUUGUAGUCAUUAUAUAUCGAUUCAAUUUUUCUUUUUAAAAAAAAUGGCAAAAUCAGUGAAAACUCCAUCCGGAUUUACAAAAGAAGAAGAGCUUCUUCUCAACGAUUUCAGUCGAAAUGUUAGCACCAAAUCAUCGGCACUUUUCUACGGAAAUGCAUUAAUCGUUUCGGCUGUACCAAUUUGGCUUUAUUGGCGAAUUCAUCAAAUCGAUUUGGUAUCAGCUUUGGUGUUCUUCGUUGCAAUCACCGCUGUAAGCACAUAUCUGAUGGCAAUGGCUUAUAGAAAUACCAAAUUCGCAUUGAAACACAAAGUAGCACUGAAACGUGAAGACGGUGUCACCCGUGAAGUUGCCAAGCAAUUGUCGGACGACAAAAAGACCAGCCGCAAAGAGAAAGACGAACGUACAUUGUGGAAGAAGAACGAAGUUGCCGAUUAUGAAGCCACCACAUUCUCUAUCUUCUACAAUAAUGCAUUGUUCUUGGCCAUCGUCAUCUUUGUCAGCUGCUUCAUUUUCAAAUCAACUUCACCAUUGUUCAAUUACAUUUUGACUGUUAGUGGCUCAAGCGGGCUUCUUGCUUUGUUGAGCACAAGCAAACCAACGUAAAUGUUUUUUUUUUUUUCAUUUCAUUUGAAUAAUUUGUUUCGAAUAUGAAAAUGAUCACAAACAUAAAUUAAACGAUUGCUAAUAUCGACGAAUCGAA